GGGGGACUGUUUGUCCGAGGCCCUGGUGCCGGGGGAGGGUUUGGCCGCGGGACAGGAAGUUGAGUUCGAGGUUUUUUUUACACCUUUUAUCCUUUUCGAUAAAAAACUGUAAAAAAUAAUUAAAUUGUGAAGAUCAGAAACGUGUAGAGAGAGAGAGGGAGUGUGAGAGAGAGAGAGAGAGAGAGGGAGUGUGGGAGAGAGGGAGUGUGGGAGAGAGGGAGUGAGAGAGAGAGAGAGGGAGUGUGAGAGAGAGAGAGAGAGAGGGAGAGAGGGAGUGUGAGAGAGAGGGAGAGACCGGGACUCCCAAUCCUCCUCGGGUGCUGUCCUGGUGCCGAGAGCAACGUGAGGUGUAGUGACUGUCAGAGAUAUGGCUGCAGUAGAGAUGGACCAGGAAUUGGCCCGAAGGCUGUUCUUUGAAGGAGGAACUCUUGUAAUACUCGGCGUUCCUAAAGGAACUGAGUUUGGCAUUGAUUAUAACACAUGGGAAGUCGGACCAAAGUUUAAAGGGGUAAAGAUGAUCCCACCAGGAAUCCACUUCAUGCACUACAGCGCUGCCAGCAGCACAAAUGCUCGGGAAACAGGGCCCCGAACUGGGUUUUUUUUCGACAUCAAGCAGAGAGAAGUGCUGGUGAAGCGGUGGGACAAGAAAGAGGAAGAAAUAGUUUUUGUCACGGUGUCCCAAGCAGAGGUAGAACGGAUUCGAGAAAACCUGACUGAACUGGAUCAAUGUUUGGGGCCUUACCCCUACGAAACAAUGAAAAAGUGGGUCUCCUUAACCAACCACAUCACGGCUCCUUUGAUUCAAAAGCUACAACCUGAAAGUGGAAAAAUCUGUGCCUUUGCUGAGGUGCAACCGGAGGUUUUAAUGCCACACACAAAGGACCGGGUGGAACAGAAUCUCUUGCCUUAUGAUACUCUGUGCAAGAGCUACGAGGAGGGUAUGGCCAGGCUGCCUAAAAUGAAGAUAAAACCUGGCACUGAGAUCCGCUUUAGCAACAUCCCAAAACAGAAGUAUCCUGAUGGGGCAACGCCAGCCGAAAUCACAAAAUACAACAUGGAUUUUAGCUUCACCCUGGAGUCUGUAAUAAACCAACGGUACUCUGCUUCUCCAAAAGAUAUUUUGGGUGAAUUGCAAUUCUCUUUUGUUUGCUUCCUAAUUGGAAAUGUCUAUGAUGCAUUCGAGCACUGGAAGGAUCUACUUCAGCUGCUGUGUCACUCCGAAGAGGCUGUGGGGAAACGGACCGAUCUCUACACUCUCCUCAUCUCAGCCUUGUACCACCAGCUCAGCGAGAUUCCUGCUGACUUCUUUGUGGACAUCGUCUCCAAGGAUAACUUCUUGACCACGACUUUGCAGGAGUUCUUUUCAUACAUGCACAGUCCGAUGGUGGAUGAAGCUCUGCAGAGGCGAGUUGGAAAGUUUAAAGCUCACUUAACCCGUAAGUUCAAGUGGGAUUUCGAUGAAGAGCCUGACGACUGUGCUCCUGUGAUGGUCGAUCUGCCUGAAGGAGUUGUGUCAUCGGACUGAUCAAUGGCUCGGAAAGUAGACUCGUUGUAAAAGUUGUUUUUAGCUAUUUGUUGGAGGUCUUGCGCGUGUUUAAUAAUGCAUAAGUGUCUUAAGAUAACUGUUUGUGCGCAAUUGGCUACCGCGUUUCGCCCACAAAAUAAUAAGGCGCUUUAUCAAAUGCAAGGAUUAGUAUUUACAUUUGUUUAAGUUUUGUCAUUGGAAAACUAAAAUAUUGUUCCCAAUGUUAUGCAAUGUUGAAUUCAUAGCACAAGUGGUAACUGUCUUAUGAUUUACUUAUUAUGAACUUGUUGAGGUAGAUUAGCAUUUUGUUUUUUAAGUGAAUUGUACAUUGACUGUUGAUGCAAUAUAAUUGAACCAAUGUACAAAAUAUGUGUUGAUCAGUAACUUUUUUUUAAAACAUUCUGUUACUUUGAAAUUUUGUCUUUUUUUUAAAUAUAUUAAAAUUGCAUUGGGUGAUAUCAGGCAAAAAAAGGGAUAUUUUGAAAGUAGCUGUAACCCCCAAACUCACACACUUGUAAUAUAAUUCCUUUUCAGGUUAAUCACUGAUCAAAUAAAUCUUUAUACGAUC